AUGCCAUCCGCAUCGCCCAUGAUGAAGCCAUCUUUCAGCCUCAAUACCACGUCAAAAUUAGGCUACACUAUUGAUUCAGCAUCCAUCAUCUCGUUUGAGAAACGCAGCGAUCAAAAGGUCUGGUAUAUUAUCAAGGUGGAGCCACACAAGAAACGGCCCUUUUUGAUUGCAAGAAGAUACGAAGAGUUUACACAGCUUUCACAGAAAUUAUAUGAAAGAUUCAGCACUACCAAACAACGUGCUGGCUCACGUUUACCACCCAAGAUCAAGAGCAGAUUAAAUCUGUUGCCUGCCAGCAAACAAUUACAUGCUCAACGCGCAGAAGAACUGGAGCAGUUCCUCAGCAUCUUGUUUUGUAAACAGACCAUGAUCACAGAGUCAUUUUUCGUCUUGGAUUUCUUUAGUAUUCAAAAAUCUGAUUCAAUAUUGGAGCAAGAAGAACAAGAAAAUGCGCCAUCCACUAGCACAUCCUCCUCACGAUGGAAGAGACUGAGAUGCACGUCCUUUCUGGCCCGUUCGCCACCUACUACAGCUACAUCUACACCAAGCUCUAAUGCUAGUGGUGGUGGACUCUCAUCUCUUUGCAGUCAAGCAGCAAAUAAGAUUUGGCAUCGUAGUAACCAUGGCAACCAACAGCAACCUCAACCUUCCAUGUCAACACCUACAAGCACCACACUCGCAUCAAAGAAUGCAACAGGCACAGUUAGAUCAUUCCAGCUACAUAGUAACACCCAUGCGUAUCACAAAGGAGAGCUAAAAAAGAGCAAAUCAUCACAUUGCAUCAGAGAACCAUCGCCACCACCAACACCACUCUCACCACAACAUCCAUUAUCAGAAUCCACCAAUAGUAGUCGAUCUGGCAGCAUUGCAUCCAGUCAUCUUAGCAACAGCACAUGUGCGACGACUAUCACGCCUAGCCCAAGUGCCAGCAGCCAUCUUCCACUGAAGCCUACCAUCAAGAUCAAGGUCAUCUACGACGUGGACAACAUCAUCGUCCUCCAAGUGCCUCGGUCGAUUGCCCUUCAUGAUUUGCGUUCUCGCAUAGCACAGAAAUUUUCCGAUCCUAGUAUGGGUAGCAAUGUCCAUGUGCAAGACGAGGUUGUACUGCUAUUUAAUGAUAGUAAUAGUAGCUGCUGUAGCAUUGCCACCGCCAGGAAUGACAUGGCGCUUCCUGCUGUAUUGAUCAACAAAGAGCAAGAUCUUGUACAAAUCAUGCACACUAAAUGGAAUCGACUUGAAAAGGUGACACUACGUUGCAUUAUGUAA